AACAUAACCCAACUUUUCCAAAGCUACAAAAAGAACAAAAAAAUUAUUGAUAAUUAAUUUAAUUUUAAUUAAAAAUGAUUACUUACGAAUUAAUGUUACUGCUCCGUAUUAUGCCCAAGCCAGAAGUGAAACAGGUCCUUCAAAGGACAGCAGAUCAAAUUUUCGGAAAAGGUGGUUUCAUAAGAAAAAUUGAAAAUUUAGGUACUAGAGACAUGCCCUAUAAAACUAGCUCGCACGGUAUGGUACACAAACAAGCAAGCUAUUUCCUAUAUGAAUUCAAUGUGCCCCCGAGUAGCUUAGCGGACUUGUUGGACGAAUACGCACGUGACGUAGACGUAAUAAGACGAAGAAUUUACAAAAAAAGAGAACCUGAACCAUUUGAGUGUACUUUGCAGGAAGAAAUUUUACCUCCUCCUUACAGAAAAGACGUGCAAGAUAUGAUUGCAGAUGCCAAGAAACAUGAUAAACCCAAAUUCCAAUCUAAUACUGGAUUGGAUUAUUAUCCUUUCCAGAAAUAGAUGGAGUUCAUUUUAAAUAAAUUAGUAGUUAGUAUCUUUGAGUUUCUGUUGGACUUUAUUCAGUAGAUUUAUUUGCUUGGAGCAGUGAAAAAUAAACCAAAAAUCUAAUGGCAAGGGCAAGGUUUAAAAAAAUACAGGGUAUCUUUAAACCUUUAAUUAAAAAAUUAAACCUAUAUGUGGUAUGAUCAAUAAAAUAAUAAAUAAUUGUAAUUAACAAAAAUAUAAACUUAUUCAAGAUGGUUACAUGCACACAAAAAUAAUAUGAAAAGCUAAAUGAUUAUGAAUCUCAAAAAUUGAAAUGUUCAUAACCAGAAUGAAGAGAGGCCCUAAACCAACACAAUUAUUCUCACUCUAAGUCAAUUUUCAACUAAUUACCUAUGUAUUCAAAACAAGUCUCACCCAUAAAGUUUAUUCUUGAAAUUUGAAAAAUAAAAUAAUUCAUGAUGAAAAGUUUAUAAGACCCUGCUUCACUGUUUCUUUUUUUGUUUUAAUGAAUACCAUUAUUAAGGAAUUCCAAAAUAUGAACAUUAAAAUUAAAGAUUUGUCUGCCUUAUAUUUAUUAUAAACAUAUUUUUAAGCAUUUCCAAAAAAUCUGAUCACUUAAGGCAUCGGUCAAAGUAGAUGCCCCCAACAUAGCCGCCUCGAAUCGCCUUUUGAACAUUUUGCUCGAAUACUCGUCUAUUGCUAGUCAGAACUUCAGCAGCCUCUUUGUUUAGAGGAUCGUCCGGGUUGGGUUCCAAGAACAAAUAUUGCAGACCGUAAACGACACUGUUUAUGGUCAACACAGGUUUCCAAUCUUCUCUUAAUAUGUUGAGACAAACAUUGCCUUGUUGGUCGAUAUUCGGAUGGUAAACUUGAGUUUCGCAUUUUACUUUUGGAGGUUCGUGAGGAUAACUUGGACCUACUUUGAAGCUAAACACGAACCUACCGUUUUUAUAGAAACCCUAAAAUUAUAAUUGUUUUAUAAAUAAGGGAGGGGGAAUGUUUGCUUUUUUUUUACCUCAUCAGGGCAAAUCACCAACUUGAAAGUCAACAAAUCGUCAGGGUCUGGAAAUUCUGUGUUACAGGUCUUGGGCAAGUUCAGUUCAUUGAUAUCUGAAAAAGGUUUCGGAUAAAGUUUAUACAAAUAGGUUUACGUACAGAAUAGAAACCUUUAGUUAUCCUCAACUGGGCUGCAGAAGCUUUCUUUUGAUUUCCAGUUCGUGGCGUCGAUUCUCCGUCUUUUUUCUGUUGCUUUAACGAAAAUAACUUAAUCAUUUUUACAAUGAAUGAGGCACUCUACUAAUCUAAAUUCCAGUUAUUUACAUAAAACUAAGAAAAUGCGGAGAUAGAAGAUAGAUAUAUUUUUUUUAAUUUGAUUUUCUUUUUGUGUGUGUGUGUGCUGAGUGCAGCUGUAUUCUG